AUGCCCCGACCGGCGAAUCGAGAGGAAGUCCUCGCUCGUCUGCGUAAGACGGUCGCGGACGGUUCCAUUAUUGUGGGCGCCGGAGCUGGUAUCGGCCUAUCAGCCAAGGCGGUCGAGAAAGGCGGCUGUGAUCUGAUCCUGGUCUACAAUUCCGGUCGAUUCCGCAUGGCUGGUCGCGGCUCGCUGGCCGGAUUGAUGCCAUACUCGGAUGCGAACCAGGUCGUCGUGGAGAUGGCCAGCGAAGUCCUUCCAAUCGUGGAAAAUACCCCCGUUCUGGCCGGAGUAUGCGGUACAGAUCCCUUUCGCUCGAUGCCAACCUUCUUAACCGAAUUGCAACGUCUCGGCUUUGUCGGGGUACAGAAUUUUCCAACGGUCGGGUUGAUCGAUGGGCAGUUCCGCGCCAAUCUAGAGGAGACCGGGAUGGGGUAUGAUCGUGAGGUGGAGAUGAUUGCAAUAGCGCACCGACAAGGACUCGUGACAACGCCCUAUGUCUUCAGCCCGGAGGAUGCUGUGCAGAUGACACGAGCGGGCGCGGAUGUUGUGGUCGCUCACGCGGGCUUGACGACGGCGGGUUCGAUCGGGGCUCGUAGCGGGCGUUCACUGGAGGAGUGUGUGGGAUUUGUGCAGGCGAUUCGUGAUGCAGCGGUGGAAAUCAACCCGGAGGUACUGGUGCUUUGCCAUGGAGGGCCAAUCGCACGCCCAGCAGACGCGCAGUAUGUACUGUCAAGGACUCAGGGGGUGCAUGGGUUCUUUGGGGCAAGCAGUAUGGAGCGGUUGCCGGUGGAGGUUGCGAUCCAGGAGAAUGCGGAGGAAUUUAAGCGGUUGAAGGUUAAUUAG